AAUAGUUCAGCUGACCAAAGACAUGCUGCACUUGAUGGCCACAAAGAUAAUAGUUCAGCUGACCAAAGACAUGCUGCACUUGAUGGCCACAAAGAUAAUAGUUCAGCUGAUCAAACACAUGCUGCACUUGGUGGAGAUACAAAUAUCAAGAAUAGCAUUGUUACAGAUGAAGAAGGGAGAGGCACAUGCGUCACAUACGGUGGAUUCGAUGCUUUAAUAUUUGUCAUGAAAUAUGGUGUCCGAUAUACCAAACAAGAGAAGGACUCGGUAAAGAUGAUCAAGUGUAUUUUUGGAGAAAAUAUCUUUGUAGACUGGGGAAUCAUCGUGUUUACAUAUGGCGAUAACUUUUACACUGACUCUCAAAUAACGUUUGACGAUUGGUGCAGGGAACAAACAGGCGAUAUAAAAUCGCUUUUCGAAGAAGUCCAAUACAGGUGUGUCAUCUUUGAUAAUAAAUCGGUGAAUAUAGAGUUACAAAAUCGUCAACGGUCGACUUUAUCGACUUUGAUUAAUAGAGUAAAAGAGCGAAACGUAGGAAGGUAUAAAAUAGAUGGGUCCGCAGGGGCAUUAAAAAUAAUUGAUACUUAUGACACAUUUUUUAGAUCGAAGCAACGGCGCCCGUCUGAAGAACUGAUUGAAUUUGAAAAAAAAAUUAAAACAGACUGGACGGUAUGCUCACUAAGUGCACCAGAAGAAUACAAAACAUCUUUGGAAAAUGAAGUAAAAGAAAUGAAGAAACACCGAUGUACAUUCAUUUAAGCAUUUGGUUUAAACUUAAUUCAAUAAUCGCGAGCCGGGAUAGCGUGACAUUUUAAAAUGUUUGCAUGUCAUUUAUUGCUUGUGUAAUUAGGGUUAGUACGAAAUUGGGGCAUAGGCGCCUUUUAGUGGAUUUUUACAAAGAAUUCUUAUUUUAUCAUUGGCGAGUUUUUCCCCCUUAAUUUUUGUUUUCCCCUUGCAAUGAUCCACAAGUCUCUGGGGCUCAAAUUGAGAACCUCUCUUCAAGAUCUACGCAGUUUCGUAAUGCGAUUUUUAAAACCACUAAAAUCGGAGAGAGCUGACCAUCACCGCUUCUAUACAGGAGGGAGUAACUGUUAUCUUACUUUAACCUUGUUAUCUUUUGCCACGAAUUAACGCCCAGUGUUUGACAUAUUGAUGGAUUAUGCUUUGAUUUUACCCAUGGUUUUUCAUACAUAAUAUAUUCUCACUUAUAUAUGAACCAUUUGUGUCAAUAUCAAUUUACAUAACAUGCAUUUAUUGCUAAAUCCUUAAAACUGUUCAUGUUGUUAUCAAUUACCCAAAGACCAAACACCUUGUCUUUCUAUUCUGUCAUGAUUAUUUCAACCGUCAGAGUCAACCUGUAGUUUACUUUUUUCCUUAGUAGUGUAAACUGGAAAAAAAAUUACUUUCUUUAAUACAUGUUUGUGCUUGAUGAUAUUAAUAAAAUAAGGUUUGCACGUUUCUAUGCGUCUAUCCGUCUUUUGUUAAAAGCACUAUAGGUUAUUCAAAUGAUACACACUUUGUAUGUGCC